CACGCCACGAGGGCGGCGUCUGCGCUCCGCGAACAACCGACUGAGGCAGCAAUGCAGUUCCGAGCCGCAGCAGCCCUCGUGGCGGCCGCCCUGCUGGGGCUCGCCGUGGCCUCCGAGGUGACGCCCGUGCAGAAGGUGGUCCAGCUCCUCGAGAGCAUGCUUGCAAAAGGCAAGGACCAGAAACACCAGGAGCAGGUGCAGUUCGCGGCCUACAAGCAGUUCUGCGACGACGCGUCCGUGGAGAAGAAGCGGGCCAUCGAGGAGGGCACCGAGCAGAUCGAGAUGCUCAAGGCGAGCAUCGCGAAGCACGCCGCGGACGCCGCGCAGCUGGCCACCGAGAUAGCCGCGCACGAGGCGGACAUCGCGGCCUGGGAGGGCGACGCCACGGCGGCGCGGAAGGUCCGCGAGCUGGAGAAGGCCGACUACGACGCCCUGCACAAGGACUACUCAGAGUCCGUGGACGCCCUCCAGAGGGCGAUCGCCGUGCUGAAGAAGCAGGCGUACAGUCGCCCUCAGGCCUCACUUGCUCAGGUCGCCGGCCUUAAGAGCCUCUCCCUGGUGCCUCCGGCCGCCAAGAGGGCCAUCGACCUCUUCCUGAUGCAGAGCGGGCAGGAGCCCUCGGAGGGCCUGGCCGUGUCCGCCCCCGAGGCUGCGGGCUAUGAGUACCAGUCUCAUGGUAUCAUUGAGAUGCUGGAGAAGCUCCUCGACAAGUUCAUCGACGAGCGCACGGACACCGAGAAGCAGGAGAUGAACGCGAAGCACGCGUUCGAGAUCUUGCUGCAGGACUUGACGGCCCAGACGGAGCAGGCCAAGGCCGACCGCGAGGAGAAGGUGGAGUCCAAGGCCAAGAAAUUGCAGGCGAAGGCAGACGCUGGUGGCCAGCUGACGGACGCCAGCACGACCCUCGAGGCCGACGAGAAGUACCUCUCGGACCUGACCGCCCAGUGCGAGCAGAAGGCCUCCGACUUCGAGCAGAGGCAGCAGCUGCGCGCAGAGGAGAUCGAGGCGAUAAGCAAGGCCAUCGAGAUCAUGAGCAGCGACACGGUGAAGGGCCACGCCGAAAAGUACCUGCCCUCGCUGGCGCAGAGGGGCUCCAAGGGGACCUCGCUGGCUGCCCUGCGCUCCGACGCCGCCACGGGGGCGCAGCAACAAGCGGCCGCGUAUUUGCAGGUGAAGGGCCAGGAGCUCCGCAGCAAGGUGCUGUCGGCGCUGUCGGUGCGCGUGGCUUCCGAUCCUUUCUCCAAGGUGAAAAAAAUGAUUAAGACGGGGCCGGCGGAUCUCAUCGUGCGCCUCAUGGAGGAGGCCAACGAGGAAGCCGAGCACAAAGGCUGGUGCGACACCGAGCUCUCCACGAACGAGCAGACGCGGAAGGAGAAGACGCAGGCGGUCGAGCUGCUGCACGCGGAGCUUGACGAGCUGACGGCCUCCGUCGCGAAGCUGGGCGAGGAGAUCGCCGAGCUCUCCUCGGCGGUGGCGGAGCUGGACGGGGCCAUGUCGGAGGCGACGGCGCUGCGAGCGGAGGAGAGGCAGAAGAACGAGCUCACCGUCAAGGACUCGCAGGAGGCGCAGACCGCCGUCGCGCAGGCGCUGGCGGUUCUGAAGGAGUUCUACGCGAAGGCGGCGGAGGCGACUGCGCUCGUCCAGGAGAAGCAGGACCCCGCGUCCGACUCCCCAGACAUCUUCAGCAGCCCCUACAAGGGCAUGGGCGGCGAGAGCGGUGGCGUCAUUGGGAUGCUAGAGGUGAUCGAGUCGGACUUUGCGCGCCUUGAGGCAGAGACCACUGCGGCGGAGGCGACGUCCCAGAAGGAGUAUGACGAGUUCAUGACCGAUUCGAAGGUGGACAAGGCCAGCAAAGUGACAGACAGCGAGCACAAGACGGCCAAGAGGCAGGACCAGGAGCAGGCUCUGACGGUCAAGAGGUCCGACCUCGAGGGCACACAGAAGGAGUUGGACGCUGCAAUGGCGUACUUCGACAAGCUGAAGCCUUCCUGCGUGGACUCUGGCGUGAGCUACGAGCAGCGCGUGUCGCGCCGGAAGGAGGAGAUCGAAUCCUUACAAGAAGCGUUGCGUAUUCUCAACGGGGAGGACAUCGCAGCGUGA